AUGUCGUCCCUGACGACUUCCAGUGAGGGAGAGAGCUCCACUCCCAGGUUUGUUGUCGGUUCCAGGGAUGAUGAGACAGACAUUCUGGAAUCAAACAUGAAGACAGACGAAACCGAUUUCUUUGAAGAUGACGAAGAGGAGGAGUCGCCACCUGAACGGCAGAUUGUGGUUGGAAUUUGUGCCAUGACUAAAAAGUCCAAGUCAAAGCCCAUGACACAGAUCCUGGAGCGUCUGUGCAAGUUUGAGUACAUCACAGUGGUGAUUAUGGGGGAAGAUGUUAUUCUGAAUGAACCAGUGGAGAACUGGCCCUCCUGUGACUGCCUGAUAUCCUUCCACUCCAAAGGAUUCCCCCUGGAUAAAGCAGUUGCUUAUGCCAAGCUGUGCAAGCCAUUUCUGAUUAACGACCUUGAUAUGCAGUAUUACAUCCAGGACAGGCGUGAGGUGUAUCGGAUCCUUCAGGAAGAGGGAAUAGACUUGCCUCGUUAUGCUGUGCUCAAUCGAGACCCUGAUAGACCAGAAGAGUGCAACUUGGUGGAAGGAGAGGACCACGUGGAGGUGAAUGGAGCUGUCUUCCCAAAGCCAUUUGUAGAGAAGCCAGUCAGUGCUGAGGACCACAACGUGUAUAUCUACUACCCCACGUCCGCGGGUGGGGGCAGCCAGCGGCUCUUCAGGAAGAUCGGCAGCCGCAGCAGCGUGUACUCCCCAGAGAGCAGUGUGAGGAAGACAGGCUCCUACAUUUAUGAGGAGUUCAUGCCUACAGAUGGCACGGAUGUAAAGGUGUACACCGUGGGGCCAGACUACGCCCACGCGGAGGCUCGCAAGUCGCCGGCGCUGGAUGGGAAGGUGGAGCGGGACAGCGAGGGGAAGGAGAUCCGCUACCCUGUCAUGCUGACUGCCAUGGAGAAGCUGGUUGCCCGGAAAGUCUGUGUAGCCUUUAAGCAAACCGUGUGUGGGUUCGACCUCCUGCGGGCCAACGGACACUCCUUUGUCUGCGACGUGAACGGCUUCAGCUUUGUGAAGAACUCCAUGAAAUACUACGACGACUGUGCCAAAAUCCUUGGAAAUAUAAUAAUGCGGGAAUUGGCUCCCCAGUUCCAUAUUCCCUGGUCCAUCCCAACAGAGGCAGAAGAUAUUCCCAUUGUCCCCACAACUUCAGGCACCAUGAUGGAGCUCCGCUGUGUGAUUGCAGUCAUCCGGCACGGGGACCGCACCCCCAAGCAGAAGAUGAAGAUGGAAGUCAAGCAUCCCCGAUUCUUUGAAUUAUUUGAGAAAUAUGAUGGCUACAAGACAGGGAAGUUGAAGCUGAAGAAACCAGAGCAGCUACAGGAAGUGCUGGACAUUGCACGGGAGCUUGUGGUGGAACUGGGAACCCACAGUGACUGUGAGAUUGAGGAGAGGAAAUCCAAACUGGAGCAGCUGAAGAGUGUCUUGGAGAUGUAUGGACAUUUUUCUGGCAUUAACCGUAAGGUGCAGUUGACCUACCUGCCUCAUGGACAUCCAAAAGCUACAAGUGAAGAUGAAGAAGCUCGUCGAGAGUCUUCCCCAUCCCUUCUGCUGGUGCUGAAGUGGGGUGGGGAGCUGACACCAGCGGGGAGAGUCCAGGCAGAGGAGCUGGGCCGAGCCUUCCGCUGCAUGUACCCUGGAGGCCAAGGUGAUUAUGCUGGUUUCCCUGGCUGUGGUUUGCUCAGGCUGCACAGCACCUACCGGCAUGACCUCAGGAUCUACGCCUCAGAUGAGGGACGAGUGCAGAUGACAGCAGCAGCUUUUGCAAAGGGUCUGCUGGCCCUGGAAGGAGAGCUGACCCCCAUUCUGGUGCAGAUGGUGAAAAGUGCCAACAUGAAUGGUCUCCUGGACAGUGACAGUGAUUCCCUGAGCAGCUGCCAGCAGAGGGUGAAGGCCAGACUGCAUGAGAUCAUGCAGAAGGAUGCCCAGUUCUGCCAAGAGGAUUACGAGAAGCUAGCACCUACAGGCAGUGCUUCUCUGCUCAACUCCAUGACAUUUAUCCAGAACCCAGUGGAGGUCUGUAACCAGGUGUUCACCCUGAUUGAGAAUCUCACCUCCCAGAUACAAAAGCGUCUGGAAGACCCAAAAUCUGCAGACCUGCAGCUGUACCACAGUGAGACCCUGGAGCUGAUGCUGCAGCGCUGGAGCAAACUGGAGCGGGAUUUCCGCAUGAAGAGCGGGCGCUACGACAUCAGCAAGAUCCCUGACAUCUACGACUGCAUCAAGUAUGAUGUACAGCACAACUGUGCCCUGAAGCUGGAAGGCACAGCUGAGCUCUUCAAACUCUCCAAAGCCCUGGCAGAUGUGAUCAUACCCCAGGAAUAUGGGAUCAAUAAAGAGGAGAAACUGGAGAUUGCUAUUGGCUUCUGUCUUCCUCUCAUUAAAAAGAUCCAGCUGGACCUACAGAGAACCCAUGAAGACGAGUCUGUCAACAAACUACAUCCCUUGUACUCCAGAGGAGUUCUGUCUCCAGGCCGCCACGUUCGGACGCGGCUCUACUUCACCAGCGAGAGCCACGUGCACUCCCUGCUCAGCAUCUUCCGCUACGGGGGCCUCCUGGAUGAGAACAAAGAUCAGCAAUGGAAGAGAGCCAUGGACUAUCUGAGUGCUAUCUCAGAGCUGAACUACAUGACCCAGAUUGUUAUCAUGCUCUACGAGGACAACAACAAGGACCCAUCUUCAGAAGAGCGUUUCCACGUGGAGCUGCAUUUCAGCCCUGGUGUGAAGGGCUGCGAGGAGGACCGGAACGUGCCCACGGGCUUUGGCUUCCGUCCUGCCUCAGCAGAGAAUGAGGACAAGAAAGCAGACCAAGGCAGCCUGGAGGACUUGUCCAAAGAGAAGGGCGUGGAUGAGCCCGACCGUGUGCAGCCGAGGUCCCCGCAGCCUGCCGAGCCCGUCAGCAUCCAGCGGAGAUCCCCGCUCAUCAGGAACCGGAAAACCGGCUCCAUGGAGGUGCUCUCUGAAUCUUCUUCCAAAUCAGGAGGUUAUCGCCUCUUCAGCACUUAUUCCAGGCAGUCUUCUGAGAUGAAGCAGAGUGGCUUAGGGUCACAAUGCACCGGCCUGUUUAGCACCACUGUGCUGGGAGGCUCCUCCAGUGCCCCCAACCUCCAGGACUACGCUCGCAGCCAUGGCAAAAAGUUUGCCAGCAGCCUGACGCACAAAGACGAUGUGUGUGAGCACCACCACGUUGCCCAGUUGCUGCGCCGUUUUUCCUGUGACCGCGCCACCAGCCGGAACAUCUCCCUGGAUGCUACCCUAGCCCAUCACCUCCAGCACUGCUCCUACCACCUGCGCCUCUUCAGGAGCUGGCUGAUCUCAGGGCAGGAUGACUUGGAGUGUCUUUACGGUUUUGAAGGCUGCUCCAUGGUUCCCACUAUUUAUCCUCUGGAGACCCUGCACAACUCCCUCUCUUUGCGACAGGUCAACGAGUUCCUGACGUCUGUGUGCAGGAGCUGCAGCGACUCCCAUGUCCCCUCCACUGCAGAUUUGUUUGAUGCAAUGAUUGGCAGCCAGAUGCCAGGAGACCCCUUCAUGUCCCAGCGAAUCCUGGCCUCGUCCUCCCUGCCGUUGCGCCAGCGCUCGGAUAAGCCCCCGUGGUACAGCAGUGGCCCCUCCAGUACAGUCUCCAGUGCAGGCCCGUCCUCCCCCACCUCUGUGGACAAUCGUUUCAGCUUCACUGAGAAACUUUCCACCAGUCCCCCAAAAAGUGAGGAGCAGCUGACCAGCCAGUUCCCUGAGCAAGGAGAGAGGCAGCCUCCAGGCGGGGGGCUCGACGUGGAGGUGGGGGUGUCUGGGUUGUCAGUGGUGGAGCCAAGUGCCCUGGAGUCCCUGCCUUUGAAUAUGGACCCCGAGCGAGGCAGAGUCCUGGAGCUGUGCAAGAAGGAGCUGGCAGAGGAGGGCUCUAACCCAGAGGAGAAGAGCAUGGUGGAGCUGGAUGAAGAAGGAUCAGCUGGGGCCAUGUUAAAGCCAAGUAACACAGAGAACCCAAAGUGUGGAGCUGGGUCUGAUAUGAGGCUGGCUAGGGAGGGAGAGAAGCCAGGUGAGGGGUGUGCAGGGGAAAAUACUGGCCUGGAUCAGUCAGGAAUGUCCAAGGAGAUCUUCGUGCCCUAUGAAGAAGAGCUGCUGGGAGAGGUGUUGGACCCAGAGCAUGUGGGCAAGGAGCUUCUGGGGGAAGCUCUGUCAGGCCAGCUUCUGUGUGGUCACCCGUGCCAGGGGCAGCCACUGCCUCCUGAGACAAGCGUGGAGGAGCUGGAGGAGCUGCAGCCACUGUGUCAGGAGGAUCAGCAGAAUUAG